UCCAAACUGAAUUGCAGCCAUGGAAAUUGAAAGCAUAACUUCUUUACUUACUAAUACCAAAAGACUAAUAAAAUUAAUAGGUCACAGCAAAACAUGGCUAUGAAUUUAAGAGCAAUUACUUGUGUUUACCAAAACCCUUCUUCUCGUUCUUCUACUCCACCAAUUCCAAUAGCAUCUCCCAUACCAAAACACACUCACCAACUCAUAAAGCUCCAUUCUUCUUCUUCUUCUUCCUCAUUUAGAGCACUUGCUCGCUCAUCUCAAGGAUCUGAAACUGAAACUGAAACUACUGAGCAGGAACCACCUCCUACUUCCUUUUCAGGUCCUUUGACCUCUGCUCGUUCACAGCUUGAUCUUCUGGAGCAGCUUACCUCCACUACCAGCCCAUCAGCUAAUGGUUAUGAGAGUGAUGGUAGGUCUGGGAAGCCGAGCAUUCGUGAUCAACUUGCUGAGCUUGUUAGAGACAGAGAUGGUGAUUUCAGCAUACCAUUGGGUAAGAAUUUGAAGAAAGUGAGUGCCAAGUUCUUGACCAUCUCACAGAAGAGAAAUAUCAAAAGACAAACUUACAUGAAUGAAGUUUCUCAAAGGAAUGAUUCUGUUUUCUUUGCCACCAUUGGUGCCUUUGUAAUCCUUCCCCCUAUUCUGAUAUUGGGUAUUGCCAUUGCAACUGGUUAUGUGCAACUUUUUCCUUAAUUGACUCAUAUUGUAUUGUAUAAAUUUAUAUAUAUAUAUAUUAUGUGUAUAUAAGGAUAAGAAUUUUAGGUU